AUGUGCGAAGAGAUUCUAUAUGCCAAAAUUAUUGCUAUUAUCGGUGCCAAUUUGGAUACAGCUCUUACUAACCAUGCUUCGCAGACAUGUGAUAAAUGCGGAUACGAUUAUGACGAUACAAAUCAUAGGAUUUUUGAUUGCAGUGAAUAUGUAUCACAACGCGAGGACUUACGGGUGGCCGUUAUCAAUGCGAAUCUCAAUUGGCCCCCACCUCUCACUAGUGAUUGUUUUGAAUCCGUUGGAAAGACCAAAUGUACAGCGAGUGAAUAUAGUGCCAUGGAAAAGCAACUGGGUGAUAUGAAAAAGGUGUAUAUGGAUGAUAAAUGCAAACAAUAUCCCUAUAAAUCUGCAAUUACUAAAUGCGAUAAAUAA